AGCGUGCCACUUUUUAAACGUCAUUAGCAGUGGGUAGACACUUCUCAUACAAAAACUAGUCUCUAUAUGUAGCAAUUGAUAUACAACCUUAUCCCUUAAGCAAUAAAGUGCAUUUUGGAUUGAUUUCACUAUAGCAGGGGAACCCGCGGAUCAAUACCACCAUACUAAAAAUAAUUGUUAGUGUCCUUAUGUUGGUAGUAUUGUUAGUUUGACAAAUGAAAAAAAAUGUCUGUCAAUUGAGUUUGAGUUUUUAACCGGCGAAUUGAUUCGUGUGAAGUUAUUUUCUCAGAUUUGGUGCAAUAUUACUGUAAAUAAACUUUUCUGUCGUUUACGUUGAGUUGAUUAAGUUCCUCCGUAUCGGGCGUGAUAAAGUUUGCUGUUCAGUGUUAUGUUUUUUGUGAGAUAGAGACUCUUUUAAAUAAGCUGUGUUUCAACUUCUACAGAAGUUUAAACUCUUAUUUACUUUUCUGUUUAAUGGGUAUGUUAUCUACUUACUUGAAAUAUUACAUCUAUUACAAAUCUAUUUUUCAUUAAAAACAACCCUAUGUGAUGAAAAUGUAAAUGUACUUUCAAAACUGGUAAAUGCAUGAACCAGGGCAUUGACACUGGUUGGAGAGAAAUUAUAGGCUUUGUUUAAUUAAUACCUAUUUCAUUUUAGGCUUCUACUGAUAAUGGAGAGUAGAAACAACAAGAAGUGCGUUAUUUGUAAUAAGAGGCGAAGUCGUGGUGGAUCACCCUUACUUUUGAGUAGGUUUCCUCUGGAUUCUGACCGUUGUCGAAUGUGGGUUAAAAAUGCUGGCUUAGAAGACUUAGCAUAUGUACCUAUUGAAAAGUUACACCAACUGAAGUUUGUUUGUGGUGGGCACUUCACUCCUGAAUCCUUCAAUGCCAAAGGAACUCGGCUGAAGAACUCAGCUAUUCCAACACUGGAAUUGAGCAAUCCCAUCUUGCCAGAUGAAGUUUUGACAGAGUUUCCUCUUCAUGUAAAAGACUCCAAUAAAGAAAACCUCAAGACAGUUCUUUAUGAUCAUUCAUAUUGCAUUCCAAAGAAGUCAAAUCCAGUUGAACGAGGUAUGUUUAUCUAAAAUUAUACUAAUAAUAUAAAAAGGAAAUAUUUAAUUGUUUGUUUGUAUUUGAUCGGCUCCGUAACUCGAGCCAAGAUAGCCUAAAGUGCGGGUUAGAACCCCACAGCUUGAAUAUUGUAGUAAACCCACUCGUAACACAAUUUAGCUUAGAAUGUGUGUUGA